AUGACGAAUGGGAAGGGAGACAGUCUAAUCAUGCUGGCAUCCUACCACGGCCACGUCCCGCUCGUCCGCCUCCUCAUCCGCCAUGGCGCGGACCCAAACACACUCAACGACCGAGGGCAAUCACCUCUCGCUGGCGCGGUCUUCAAGAAUGAAGAGGAAAUCAUUAAGGCCUUGCUUGAAGGGGGAGCCGAUCCAACGAUAGGAGAGCCUAGCGCUUUAGAUGCCACAAAGAUUUUCAGGCAGGAGAGGUUUGAGGGCAUGUUUAAGGAGCAAAUCGAGAAAUUGGGUGACAGUGGUGGAAUGACUCGGAAUGGGAACGGCGAGGGCAAUGGCAUUUGA